AUCCCCACCUCCUCCAACCCUUCCCCGUCAUCGCCGCCUCCUCCUUCCAUCAUUCGCUUCGUCCGUACACCUCCCCCUCCCUCUCCCCCUCGCCCUUCCCUCCUCUCCUCCCCCAAAGCCAUCCCCGACAAGGCGACAAACAACCUCUCCGGCGGCCGAAGCCGAUGGAGGCGAACUCCGGCGAGGGCGCUCCCAAGCGCAACCCUCUCCCGUCCGCGCUCGUUUCCAACCUCCAGUCCGUGCUCGCCGCGCGCCGCCCGCCCCCGGCCGAGGAGGUCGGAACCGCCGCCUUAUCCGGCAAGGCGGAGGCUCCCGAUGCCCCGCUGACCGAUGGGGCGCCGUCGAGGCCCGUCGUUCUGCUGACCUGCGCCGGGGGGAUCCGGUCGGCGGGUCUCGCGGCGCUCAUCGACGCCCUCGUCGCCGGCGGCCGCUGCGACGUCCACGUGUGCGCCCCCGAAUCGGACAAGCCAGCCUGCGGCCACUCAAUUACCGUCCGUGAGACCGUCACUGCGACAUCCGUGGAUUUCAAAGGGGCUAAAGCUUUUGAGAUAUCCGGCACACCGGUUGACUGUGUCUCAUUGGCAUUAUCUGGGAGGCUGUUUCCUUGGUCUGCACCUGCUUUGGUGAUCAGUGGUAUUAACGCGGGACCAAAUUGUGGAUAUGAGAUGUUCCACUCUUCUGCCAUUGCUGCUGCAAGGGAGGCCUUAGUGUAUGGGGUGCCUUCAAUUGCAGUUUCAUUGAAUUGGAAGAAGGAUGAAAGCAAAGACAGCGACUUCAAGGAUGCAGCUCAGGCCUGUUUGCCAUCGAUACAUGCUGCCUUGGCUGACAUUGAGAAAGGAAAUUUCGUCAAAGGUUGCCUACUGAAUAUUGGGAUUCCAAGCUCACCCUCUGCAAACAAGGGUUUCAAGUUGACCAAACAGAGUGGAUACAGUCCUGCUCAAAGUUGGCAAGCUGUAUCAACAAACAGGCCUUCAUCUGCUGCACACUUUAUGGGCAUGCAUCAAAGCCUCGGUAUUCAGUUGGCACAGCUUGGGAAGGAUGCAUCUGCAGCAGGAGCUGCACGGAGAGUUAGUGCUCAGCGAAAGACAGUCGAGGUUGAGUCUGUUGCAGCUGCUGGUAAACAAGAGGCACGUGAAGUAGUGAAGAAGUUAUUCCGUGCUGAGUUUGUCGAGAAGCAACAUGAAGAUUUAGAUGAAGAUAUCGAUUUAAGGGCUAUGGAGAAUGGAUUUAUAUCUGUCACUCCUCUGAAUAUACAUGGGCAAGUGGAGGCUGACAUUGGAGCCCCAGUUUCAGAUUGUCUCUCAGCAGUUGUAUCUCUAGGCAAAGAAAAGGAAGCUGCUCCAGCUACAGCUGACCAACAAAUUGCUGCUGAGGAAAAAGAAGACCCGUCAGCAGCCUAACAAACAUGUACACACUCCAUAGGUGUCUUAGUUCUUGCAGUGAUGGUGGUCUUUUAUCUCUUCUCUUUAUUGGGUUUGAUUUGUUUAGCCUUUUGCGCUUGAUAUUGUUCAGUGCAAUUUCAAUUUUUUUUGUUCAUCUUUCUGCCAAUUGCCGGCUUCCUUGGCCGUGCAAAAUGAUUUGAUGCAGAUGCCUCUACAUUUUGGAUGUAACAGAUGAAUACUGCCCAGCCCCCACUAUUUUUUCAGUGUGGUUUGUUCUAGGAAGGUGUUUUAUUCAGCAUGGGAUAUGUGGUUGAUUUUGUCUUGUUCCCGUCUGAACGAUGGCUGCCAAAAUUGGCCGCUUGUAACUUGAAAUGCUGUUGCAGCCAUUCAAUGUGGUAAUGUCAUCCUGACUUUUGUGGUA